GUCGCUGCUUCUGUCGUGAAAUAAUAAAAAUUCAAUAAAUCAAAAAUAUAUAUAUAAAUAAUGCUUCGUUUAAGUGCACAAAUAUGCAAACAAAGCUGUGCAAUGCAACGCCUGCCUGGCAGCACAAACAAAAUACCCACCAUCAGGCUGCAACUGGUCACAAGAAAGAUGACACAACAGCCUCAAAAAAUUGAAUGGACCACGAGUAUUCCGAUUGGCAACAAGGACAAGGAUAAAAUCACAGCGCUAGGUUGGUUCCUACUCCUCAUACCCGCAACCACAUUUGGACUGGGCGUGUGGCAGGUGAAGCGUAAGAUCUGGAAGGAACAGCUAAUUAAGGACUUGGAUAAGCAGCUGCACAUGCCGCCGGUGAAUCUACCCGAUGACUUGAGCCAGUUGGCGCAAAUGGAAUAUCGUCUGGUCACCUUGCGUGGUCGAUUUCUGCAUGACAAGGAGAUGCUGAUGGGACCACGCUCACUGAUACGACCGGAUGGAGUGGAAACGCAGGGUGGACUUUUCUCUCAGCGCGACUCAGGAAAUGGCUACCUCGUCAUAACUCCGUUCCAGUUGGCGGACAGGGACGACAUUGUUCUCAUAAACCGAGGCUGGAUAUCGCGAAAGCAUGUGGACCAGGAGACACGCGCCUCGGGCCAGAAUCGAAGUGAAGUGGAGCUGACGGCCGUCGUGCGCUCGGGCGAAAGUCGUCCCCAGUUUACGCCAGAUCACAAGGAUGGCCAAGUCUAUCUCUAUCGCGAUUUGGGCAGAAUGUGUGCAAGCUCUGGAGCUGCGCCCAUCUUCCUCGAUGCCGUUUACGACGCAAACGCUGCACCCAAUACUCCAAUAGGCGGACAGACACGCGUCACGCUGCGCAACGAUCAUCUCUCGUAUCUGGUUACCUGGUUCAGUUUAUCGGCAGCAACUUCUUAUCUUUGGUAUCGGCAGAUUGUUAGAAGAAUACCAUUUUGAGUCAUCAAUUU